AUUUCUCCUAAUAUCCAACCUGAGCCUCCAAUGGCACAAUUUGAGGCCAUUUCCUCUUGUCCUCUUGCUGUCACCUGGGAGAAUAGGCUGACCCCCACUUUGCUAAGUCCUCCUUUCAUGCAGUUGUAGGGAGCGAUAAGGUCUCUGAGCCUCAUUUUCUCCAGGCUAAACAAUCCCAGUUCCCUUACCUAUAUCCCAUAAGACUUGUGUUCCAGUUCCCUCACCCACUUUGUUGCUUUUCUUUGAAGAUUGUGAUGCUUUCCAAUUAGGAAAGUUAAUGCCAGUUUGCAUCUCAACCACAGAAAGGCAAAAUAUAUUUAAUGAAAUCUCAGUAGCUUCCAGUGAAUACAUCAGGUGGAAGAGAAAAUAAAGCUCUUUACCCACUUGCAAAUUUUGUAAUAAUGGACAGGCACCCACCCCUUGGCACACAUAGAGGUGUUCAGUCAGGUCAUCAUCUUGCCACCCACUGGGCACUAGCAGUAAAUGACUGGGGCAGAUUUCAGGUAGUUUCAGAAGAACAAACUGUCUGCAAACCAAUUUCUGAAGGCAAAAGCUGUAUGUAGAUGUAUUGAAAGGGAUGUAAAAAACAGAAGAGACAUGAACCUACUGGAGCAUGUUCAGUGAAGGGUCUUGAAGAUGAUUCGCAUCACAUGGGGGACGAUGCACGAGUUUAGGAUAUUUGACUGAUGAGAUAGAAGUGAAAAGGCUGGAAUUGUUCAGCCUGAAAAAUAGAGAGAUCAGUGGGGAUCUUAUCAGUGUGUACAAAUAUCUGAUGGGGGAGAGCAAGAAGACUGAGUCAGGCUCUUUUCUGUUGUGCCCGGUUCCAGGACAAGAAACAACAGGCACAAGCUGAAACACAGGAGGUCCUCCUAAGCACCAGGAAGCACUUCUGUGCUGUGCAGGUGGUUGAACGUUGGAAUAGGUUGCUUGGAGAAGUUGUGGAGUCUCCAUCCUUGGAAAAAGUUUUUCCAAACUGCACUUGGCCCAAGGCAACUGGUUCUAGCUGGCUGUUCUUUGGGAAGGGGUUGAACUAGAUAAUCUCUCAGAGGUGUCUUCCAACCUCAUCCAUGCUGUGUCUGCACAAAGCAAAGGUCAUCUGCCAUUCAGGAAAGCAAAAACAUAUUAUGAACUUGUUCACAGCAUGGUAUUUCUCUUUUUAAAAUCAUUUCUCUGAGACCUAUGGAGUCCUAUUCUUCCUUUCUCAGUUUUUACACCUUUGCUGAUGUAUCCCUCCCUAGUUUUCACAGCACUUCAACUCCUUUGAUGCAAAGCACUGCAUCAAAUACAAACUUGUCUUCAGCACCAGGCAUAAAUUUAUUGCCUCAAUCUGUAUUUCUUAGGCAGUUUUAUGAGAGGCUAUGUGCUCAACUCCAUUAACAGUGCUAGCCUCAAUGACUUUCCCUCCACUUCUGCAAUUAUCUGUUGGAUUUUUUCUAUGAUCUUUUUUAUGUGCAAUAUACCUGUCUAGCUCUGGUCCAUCUACAUUUUUAUUUAAUCUUCUCUUAUGCCAAAGAAGCUAUUUCCUUUCCAAGUAUCAAUACCAACCAAAUCCAUUCAAGAUGUAAUCUCUGGCAGGUUUCUAAGAACACUUUAUUGGCAUUGAGUUUAUUUUCUUACUUGCAAGCUUUCUGGGCAAGGAUUGUUUAUUUCCAGUUCCCAUACAAAUGCAGAAUGAUUUUUUAGUCCCUAGCAAGUAAAAAUACUGCCACUGAGGGAAUAGCAAGCUGGAGGCAAUGCAACAGCUUAGACCAUAGAAGUGGAUCCAGGGGGACACAAUGUAUGGAUGUGACAGUCAGCAAAGAGCCUGACUGCCCCUCUGAAGGGACAGAUGCAGUAACAAACCAGUGAAGAGUAACUCCAGCUGAAGUGGACUGGUUGGACCCUCUGCAUGCCAACAAACAAUAAGCAACAAGAAGGCAGAUGCUGAAGAGCUGUGCACUGGGGGAGGCAGAGUAGGGACCAGCAGCCAGUCGUGGCUGUAUCCCUGGAGGCCUGUGUCUGUGUGUGACCCCAGAGGCCUUUAUUUUCUAUCCCCUGGCCAUGUCCUCCGAGCAUCCGGAGCUCGAUGUGAGCCUUCCUGCAGGCAGCGCUAGUUCUCUGUUCCCUGUGAGGUAAGCACAGAUCCAGGCCACCACCACACACCCUCUCUUGACACGAGUCCCCAGGUCGGGCAGCCGCUUCCCCUGUCUGGCAGAAGGCCAGCUGCCAUGGGGGCAGAGCCCUUACCGCCACUGGAAAUAUCCCUCAGCCCAGAAGAGGCCCCUCAGCUCUCUGGCACACAGCCGUUUCCUUCGGGCUCAAGACUGCGGUUCUGGCUUUUGAAGAAGUGGUUUUGCUGCGGGCAGUGACGUGUGCCCUGAAGACACCACCUGCAUGGCUGGUCCCACACACUGGGGCUGGGGACAGCAGGGCAUCAGCAGUAUGGCAGUGUGUCUGCUGUGCCUACCAGUUCUAGUUAUGACAGCCAUGGCUUUCACUUCUGCAAUGAAUCAAAGCACGUCUGAGAUUACAUGUGCGUUUAUCAGACAAAGAGAUGGAGCUUCAAGGACAGAAGAGACAUCCGUAUCUUCCAAGAUCUCUAACAUUUUGGAAGAUCUCGAGUGCCAUUUGAAUUCUCAGGGAGCAGAGAACAUCUAUGAACCGAUUAAAAAAGUGGAAGCUAAUGUGUUUGAAGAUAUUGAAUUAAGAGUGAUAAUGAACAUUUCAGAGAUCAUUUCAUGCCAUUGGUUUUUUAAAGAAAUCCAAGCUUGUGAACCUUCACUGGAUUCAGAUAACCAGUAUGUUACUUCUUUGUCUUUUUCUCAAAUAAGAGAAACACAAGCUGGAAAAUACACUCUCUCGGUCAUCAGUAAAAACAGCAAUUACACCAUCAUUGUUCCUGUUCUCAUCCAAAGUAAACCUGGCAAACCCUAUUUCAUGAUACCUGAGAAACUGGAUAUAAUAAAGUGCAUAUCACAGAGCUACCCCCAGCCCUCUGUGAAGUGGACAUUUUGCAAAACACAUGAAAAGAGCUGCCUUAAUAAAAUGCAUGAAGAAAAUGGAGAAAUAGAUGGCAUACAGAAGGUACAAUAUGAAGUAUACCAGAGUGAAUUGUUUGAGACUUAUAUAUGGUGCUGUGCAGCUAAUGAUCUGGGCAGAGAAUGCACCAACCUCUUUACUAUAGAUUUAAGUGAAAGACGAGCAACACCUUCAGCUGAGUUACUUCUCAAAGUUGGAGAACCAUUGCUGAUCAGAUGCAGAGCUGUUUAUCGUAAUUACAAAUUCAGAAUAAAUUUAUCUUUUGAAAACAAAGAAGUGCCGCAGAAUCGCCAAUUCGAUGGGUUGGAGUACCAAACAGACCACUCAGCCACUCGGGUCCAGUACGUGUUUACUUCAGCAGCAAGAAAAGGUGACAGCGGACGUUAUACCUGCUCUUCUACAGCUCAUCCAAAUCAAACUGCUCUGGUUACUGUUUUAGAAAAGGGAUUUAUAAAUAUAACUGACUCUAGAGAAGAUUUUGAAAUUGGUGAUGAAGAGUUUUGCUUUGAAGUUAACUUUACAGCGUAUCCACCAGUUGAAUGCAUGUGGCUAUUUUCCCAGAAAACAUUUCCAUGUAAGCAAAGUUACAGUGAGGAUGGACACAGCAUUUCAUCAAAGUUCUGCAAUCAUCAGCACCGUUCUGGGAUAUAUGUAUUUUAUGCUGAAAAUGAUGAUACGGUCAUGACGAAAAAAUUCACUCUGUAUGUGAGAAGAAAACCUGAAGUAACAAUGCAGUUAUUGUUCAAGCAGAUCUCUUGCAUCGCUGACAGCUAUCCAGCCUCGUCCUGGGUUUGGAGGAACUGUCCUGACCUGAACUCAUCCAACUGUACUGAAGAAAUCAAGGAAGGGAUCCAGAACUUCUUGCCAGAAAGGAGAUCUCUGGGGUCAUGGAUUUCAAGCAGUAUUUUAGAUGUAAAGGAGACAGCAACAACGUUCUCUGUUGAAUGCUGUGCAAGCAAUUUGGUCGGCUCCAACUGCAGGAAGAGCUUCAUUAACAUGCCAGUUGCAUGAACUGUUUCUUCCCUGCCAGACAAUGCUGCACUCUGCGUUUUUGCUGGAUUUAUCUUCCUGUUGAUCAUUUUUUUGUGUGUUCUCAUUUGUCAUAAAUACAAAAAGCAAUUUAGAUACGAAAGCCAGCUGCAAAUGAUUCAGGUGAUUGGACCAUUGGAUAAUGAGUACAUCUACAUUGACUUCCGUGAAUAUGAAUAUGAUCUCAAAUGGGAAUUUCCCAGGGAAAAUCUGGAAUUUGGACAGGUUCUUGGUUCUGGGGCUUUUGGGAAAGUGGUGAAUGCUACAGCUUAUGGAAUUAGCAAGGCAGGAGACUCAGUGCAGGUUGCAGUCAAAAUGCUAAAAGAAAAGUCUGACACUUCAGAAAAAGAUGCUCUGAUGUCUGAACUGAAAAUGAUGACUCACAUUGGAAGCCAUGAAAAUAUUGUGAACCUGCUGGGAGCCUGCACUGUGUCAGGACCAAUCUACCUGAUUUUUGAGUACUGUUGCUAUGGUGACCUUCUGAACUACUUAAGGAGCAAGAGAGAAAAAUUUCACUGGACUCUGACUGAUAUUUUUAAACAGCACAACUUCAGUUUCUAUCACAAUAUCUGUUUGGACCAAAAUUCCAGGAAGGGAGCUCACCUGAAAUAUGAUGUGAACAUGGAUCUGUACAGAAAGGAUGAACUUAAAAUCACACAAACAAGCCAAAACAUAAAUAUGACCUCUGGACCAAAUGAGAUUGCACUCUGCUCUGAGGAAGAUGAAAUAAAGUGUGCAAGCAGACAGAUGGAUGAAGACGAGGAUUUUAAUGUGCUCACUUUUGAAGACCUUUUAUGCUUCUCUUAUCAAGUUGCCAAAGGAAUGGAGUUUCUUGAGUCCAAAUCGUGCAUUCACAGAGACCUCGCUGCCCGCAAUAUACUGGUGACCCGUGGGAAAGUCAUGAAAAUAUGUGACUUUGGCCUUGCCAGAGAUGUCAUGAAUGACUCCAACUACAUCGUCCAGGGCAAUGUUCGUUUACCCGUUAAAUGGAUGGCUCCUGAAAGUUUAUUUGAGGGGAUGUACACCAUGAAGAGUGAUGUUUGGUCUUAUGGAAUACUGCUGUGGGAAAUAUUCUCUUUGGGUGUAAAUCCUUACCCUGGCAUUCAAGUUGAUGCGAACUUCUACAAAUUAAUUAAAAGUGGAUUUAAAAUGGACAGACCUUAUUAUGCUACAAAACAUGUCUAUUAUGUGAUGCAGUCCUGCUGGGCACUGGACUCCAGAAGAAGACCCUCAUUUUCCCAGCUGGUUUCCUCUCUUGCCUGUCAGCUGGUGGAGGCAGAGGGAGCAAUUUACCAGAACAUGAAGAAAACUGUUUCUCCACCCAAAUCCAACAACAAAACUAACCCAGGUGUAUGUAAGGAUGAGGAAUUUCUUCUGUUCCCAGCUCUGCUCCAACAUGAAGAGCUCAUUUCAUGUUGAGAAAUGAAUGGGGUUUGACCUCAGUAUUUUCCUAAGCUCCAUGUAGCACAAAUGCUUCACUUCACCACUAAGAAGAUGUUAUCACCUCCUGCACUGUUCACAUUUUUGGUGGGACAAUCCAUGUUCAUGUUACUUUGAGGAGAAGACACAGCAAUUCAUUUCUUUGCCUUCAACAAGCAUGUCUGUAACAAGACAGGUGCAGCUGUCUUUUAGCCAUCCCUCUGUGACCAGAAAUCUCUUUGCUGGUUUUAUGUAAACAGAAUCUAAUCCAUGCAUUGGAACUGAGGCUGCUCUCAACAUAAUUCAAACAAACACAAAAAAACUGUGGGGUUUUUUUGUCUGAGCACAAGCUCAGACUGUGCAUCUAAAGGGAAAUUGUGUGAGGUCCAGAACACCUUGAUCCCUGGAUGUCAGUGAGUGCUGGAAAUAAGGCCACUUAAAACUGCCAACUUUAGAAGCCUGAGUUUUAGAAUACCAGCCUUAGUUUACAGGGAACUACAAAGCUGAGUGUGUUUGACUGUCCUGUCCUGAUUGUCUCAAUUGCUGUGAUUUCCCAAUAGAUGCCCAGUUCAGGUGAGUUCAUGUCAUUGAGCUUUAGGUACUUAGGUGGGCUCCAGCCACCCAGCUCUGCACUUGCUGGUGAGAGUCAUGCACUCACAGCAAGUGAUUCUCUCACCUAAAUAAGCACCUACAACAGGCAGAGGAGGGCAGGACAUGAUCCUCCUACUCCCUAGUCUAGAAAACUUGGAUGACUGCCUCCAACUGGAAGUCUCACGCAAACUGAACUACAGCUAAUCCUGCUCUUCAAGCUUGGUGUGUUUUAAUAUCAAGUAAAAAAAUAACAGUUUUAUAGAAUUUGUCCACUGUAGCAAGUUAGGAGUGUGGUACCACACCCAGCUCCCAGUGGUCAGCCUGACUGCAUAAACUUGGCUGCCACAAGAUGAGAGCACAUCUCUAACUUGCUUUCAGAUUCCCAGGACAAUAAUCAGAGCCUCAGUAUUUUUUUAAUACAGCUAAAAAUACACAUUAUUGUCAUGGUGGGGUUUGGGGAUUUGUGAACAUGCCUUUCACAACGUCUAAUUGGAUGCAUUUGUCUGUACCUCAGGGAGCUGAGGUCAGAAUAUACUGGUUAAUAAUUUUGUUCUCAUUAAUAUCUUACAAAGUCCCAACUGCAAAUAGUAUUUCCAGUGUUACAAAUUAAUGAGUGUUUGGAUAGAACAUGCUAUCGUGUAAACCAAGCUGCUAUUUACUAACACUGCCUGAAAAUAAUUCAUGUUUUAAUACAGCACUUGUGAGUUGU